AUGUGUCUCUGUGCUCGCUGGUACCUCUCCCAGCACAACGAGGAGCCGCUGAUUGUGGUGAUGCGUGGCGUGAUCGGGUAUUUCGCCUCGGCAGAUUCUGCCGUGCACAAAGCGAUCUCGCUCUAUCUUAUCGAUUUCUUCACCUCGCUGAAGGACGUCGUGGACGGGAUCAGCGCGAUGAGCGAGGAUUCGGUGCAGGAGCUGGUGAAUAUCUUCCUGAGUACGCUGCAGUUCAAAUAUCAGCAUGCCUGGGUGUUUGUCUUGCCCGCUCUUUCGUCCAUGAUUCGCGUCUUUGGACCUCGUUUCCCCUCGCUCUUCGUCCCGGUGAUUCAGCAGCUCGUCGCGAUCUACGACUCUUCUUCCCAGGGAGACGCUGCAUUCUUGGUCAUUGUAACGAGAGCGUUGGGGUUCUGCAUCGAAGCUGUCGGUGCGGAGGCGUUCCUUGCCGCGGUUCCGGCCCUCAAUUCGGAGGGUCUUCCGGACGAAAACCACUUUUAUUUGUUUGAGUUGCUGAAAGAUCACGUGCGUCACACCUCCGCUUCUCUCCAGUUUUUCUUCGAACAGUUCCCUGUUUCCCCGAUCGUUCCCAUCGCGAAGCGUUGUCACGUGGCGGCGCAGCGAACCACUUCUUCGCUUCUGCAUCGCCGUCUGCAGACUUAUGUGACCGAUCUGUGGGGUCUGUUUCCCUCGUUCUGCGUCUCGGCACGUGACACGGCUUCCACGAUUCCCCAAUUCAGCACGAGUCUUCUGGGAGCGAUGAACGACAAAACGUACCUGACUCUGAGCAUUCGGAUCUGCGAGGGCUUCAUUCUGUUGAUCCGAAGCAAUCAGAUCGCGCAGGGAAGCAAUCCGUUCGACGCCUCCAACGAAUCCGACCCCUCCGACGACGAAACCGUCGCCUCCACCGCGGAUCUUGCCGCCAACGACGAAGAAGAGCUCGUACCCUUCGGCUUUGCCGAGUCAUUCCUUCCUUUCCUCGAGAUCCUCAAAUCGACGCGUGCUCCGCGCAUCGAAGCCGCGCAGGCGGCAGCGAAUCUGGCGGUUCUGCAGAGCGGCAGCGAGUCGCUUCUGCUCGUUCUGCUGUCGCUUUACGAGCAAUGGCACGGCGAUUACUCGUCCGAAGUGCCGAAAUACUCGGGAAUUGGGCAGGGAGGCGACAUCGGAAACGUGCAGGUGAUUCGCUGCGCGAUCGAAACAGUGUUCUCGAUCGCGUCGACGGAUCUGGUGAGCAAAAUGCUGAACCAAGUGCUGACCAAGCUUCUCACGGCGUUCACCAACGAGCAAAGCGAAUUGGCGGAGCAGAGUUUGGGGCAGAGCAUCAUUCUGACAGGACUCUUAUCGACCGUGAUUCCGUUUGCGCGGGACGAAGAAAUCGUGAUCAUCAUGCGAUGCAUUCGCCCGCAUUUAGGCGAUGAAACGGCUCCCAUUUUGCAAAAACGGGUCUAUUUCUGUCUUUUAUGCGUGUGCAAAUAUCACGCCGAUUUCCUCAUUUCCAAUUAUCUGAACGAUCUCUCCUCCCUCUUCGUGGAGACCAUUCUCUCCCUCAACGUGGUCAGCAAGAAAUACCGACUUCGCUGUCUCGACUUCCUAGCCAAUCAUUUGAAUCCUCAAAACCCCGAUCACAUUCAGUUUAUCCUCACCACGCUCUCCGAAGUCGUGAUGAACAUGAAAGAUCCCAGCAAAAAGGUCCGUGCCGUCAGUCGCAGCGUUCUCCUCGCCUACGCAGAAUUCAUGGAGAAUUCUGGAAUUCCAUUUUCCAUGCCCGACCAAUCCCAAAGCACCGCUUCUCUCCCCUCCUUCCUCGGCAUUUUGGUCAGCUUCCUCGCCGCGCAGAACCCCCACAUGCAGGCCGCCGCGCUGCUCAGCAUCGCCAGCGUCCUGGCGCACUAUCCCCGCGGGGAUCUCCGCAAUAUCCAGGUGAAUGUUCUGCACAUUUGCUACGCAAUGGUCGGCGAUUCCCGCGAAACCGCCAAAGCCUGCCUCAAAUUCUUGAAGACCUCCGCGAAGUCGCUGAGCGACGACGACCUCGCGACCGAGCUCCCCGCGGUUAUCCAGUGCGCGCUGACGGACGUCGGGAAGAACAAAAAUCGCUUUCGAAACCGCAUCAAAAAUCUUCUGUCGCUGCUGCUCCACCGCGUGGGCGAAGACGCGCUGCGCUCGCUGAUCCCCGCGAAAGACCAGCCGCUUCUUGCCGCGCUUUUGAAGCACGAGCGAAAACGAAACGCCCAGAGGAACGCGGCCGUUUCAUUUGGAUUCGGUUGUGAUGACCGCGAAGAAAUUGGCGGCAAACCGACGCGAACGCGGUUCAUCCACGAAGAAGACGACCCGCUGAAUUUGUUGGACGUCAACGACGCGACCCGCGGAAUUCGAUCGAAGAAGACCGAAGAAUCCGAGGAUUCCGAGGAAGUGGAAUUCGACGAGGAAGGCCGCAUUAUCGUGCGGGAAGAGGAGGAAACCGCGGGAAAGGACGAAAACGAAGAGAAAGAAACGCUGGAGGCGGAUAAAAUUCCGCUUCGCGGACCCAACCGGACUUCUGGAAUGGUAAAAAAAGUCCCGAAUUCGCGGGUUGGGAAUGGCAAAAUUCGGGGCGAACAGGACGGAUCGAUGUUUAAGGCCACGCGAGCGAGAGGAGACAUGAAGAAGGGAAAGCUGCAGCCGUACGCGUAUAUUAAGCUGGACUCGCGUAUGCUGAGCAAGAAAAAACAGAACCAGGCGUUGGGGAAGUUUAACAAUUUGAUUGGGGCUGCGAAACGAGGAGCCAAGGAAGGGUACAAGAAGAGAAGUUAG